UAGAGUAGAAACAAUAGAAAAAUUGAAAAAUAGAAAAAACUUUAUUGUCUAAACGUGUAAGAAGAGAAACGAAAUCGCGAAUAUCGAUCAGCGUAACUAAAACUACCCUUGUUUUUAUUAAUCUGUCCAGGGACAAAAAAAAAAGUAUCGUGACGCGCAAGCGUAUAGAUUAGGUAUUGCGAGAAGGGUGGUAGUAGUAGUAGUGGUGGUGGUGGUGGUGGUGGUGUUGGGGUUGAAAACAGAAGGGUAGAAAGAUAAAAGAUAAUUGUCAGUCAGUAGCCAAUGUGCUUCCGUAAAAGAACAAUCAUGAAAGAAGAAUUGAAAAUAAAUUCAAUUGAAGUUAACAAAAUGAAUAUUAGUUACAUAAACGACAACGAGUAUAGUGUUCAAUUGAUACGCUGGUUAUUAACAUCAAUGGGUGCUUGGCGUUCGUUGAAAAAACAAAAUUUCUUACAAAAAUUACGUUCGAUGAUAAUAAUCGUAAUGUCAUAUUUUUUAAUAUGCUUUACAUUGAUACCUUGUACGUUGUACGCAAUUAUAGAGGAAGACAAUUUGCAAAUUAAAAUGAAAGCAUUAGGACAAGUGAGCUAUUGGCUAAUGAGUACAAUAAAAUACAGUUAUAUUUUGUAUCAUCGUGGAAACGUGCAACGAUGUUUGGAUCAUAUUGAAAAUGAUUGGCGUAUCAUUACAAGAUCUAAAGAUCGUAAUAUUAUGUUAACACAUGCUAACAAAGCACGUUACUUUAUUCUCAUUUGUACGAGUUUCACUUACGGUGGUGUUCUCAUUUAUAGUCUCGUACGAGGAAUGACACUUAUUCCCGUAAUUAUUGAAAAUCGUACGAUUUAUUUGCACCCCUUGCCGUGUCCCUGUUACAGUAAAUUAGCCGACACCAGAUUUCAUCCGACAUACGAAAUUAUUUAUACAUUACAAUUGUUAUCCGCAAUUAUAACAAGUUCAAUCGUCGUAUGCGCUUGCAGUUUAGCUGCCGUUUUCGUAAUGCACGCUUGCGGUCAAUUAACGAUAACUAUGGCAUGGAUUGAAGAUACUUUCGUUGAUUCUAUUCGUUCCAGUAAUUAUCCAUUGACAGAUAUUGUACGAUUACACGUUAGAACAUUGAGUUUUAUCGAUUAUAUAGAAAACGUGAUUAAUCGUAUCUGUUUGGUCGAACUUUUGGGUUGCACCAUGAAUAUGUGCUUGUUGGGAUAUUUUUGUAUCACGGUAUGCCGAAAUUUCGAUGUAAUAUUAUUUACACGUGAUUCUGUUAUGUCAAUUUUAUUCUAUAUUGUGUCAUUAAAACUUUCAUCAUAAUUAUUAUCGUUAUUAUCAAUUUUUAUAUGAUUAAAGUAAAGAAUAUUAAAUUACAACUUCGCGUUUCUAACAUUAAACACUUUUAAAUAUAUAUAUAUAUAUAUAUCCAUUUUUUGUCAAUGAUAUUUCACAAAAUAAGAAACAUAAGCACGGAUUUGAUAUCAAUUGUAUCAUUUAAUCGUUUUAAAAAGUUACGUCAAUUUUUCAGGAAUGGGAGAAUAACGAUACGAAAAAUACCAUAGGAUAUUUUCUUGUAUUCGUUUCCAUGGUUUUCAAUAUUUUCGUAUUUUGUUUUCUUAGUGAAAAACUUUCGGAACAGGUAGUAGCGUUUGAUUACUUUUGCAUUUAUUUUUACUUCAAUUGUUUUCCCUAUCCAAUU